GCGAGCCUGUUACUCGGCGGCCCCGCGAGCGGCGUAGGAGCGGCGCUUGAGGCCUGGCAGCGCUCGGCGGCCUCCCGGGUCGGCACCAUGAGCUCCAUCGGGACCGGGUAUGACCUGUCAGCCUCCACGUUCUCUCCUGAUGGAAGAGUCUUUCAAGUUGAGUAUGCUAUGAAGGCUGUGGAAAACAGUAGUACAGCUAUUGGGAUCAGAUGUAAAGAUGGUGUUGUGUUUGGGGUAGAAAAAUUAGUCCUUUCUAAACUUUAUGAAGAAGGCUCCAAUAAACGACUUUUUAAUGUUGAUCGACAUGUUGGAAUGGCCGUCGCAGGUCUGCUGGCUGAUGCUCGGUCCUUAGCAGACAUAGCAAGAGAAGAAGCGUCCAACUUUAGAUCCAACUUCGGCUACAACAUUCCUCUCAAACAUCUUGCAGACAGAGUGGCCAUGUACGUACACGCUUAUACACUCUACAGUGCUGUUAGACCUUUUGGCUGCAGUUUCAUGUUAGGGUCUUACAGUGCGAAUGACGGUGCACAGCUCUAUAUGAUUGAUCCGUCGGGUGUUUCCUAUGGUUAUUGGGGCUGUGCCAUUGGCAAAGCCAGGCAAGCUGCAAAGACAGAAAUAGAAAAGCUUCAGAUGAAAGAAAUGACUUGCCGUGAUGUAGUUAAAGAAGUUGCAAAAAUAAUUUAUAUAGUACAUGAUGAAGUUAAGGAUAAAGCUUUUGAACUAGAGCUCAGCUGGGUUGGUGAAUUAACUAAAGGAAGACAUGAAAUUGUUCCAAAAGAUAUAAGAGAGGAAGCAGAGAAAUAUGCCAAGGAAUCUUUGAAGGAAGAAGAUGAAUCAGAUGAUGACAAUAUGUAACAUUUUCUUCACUAUCUCUUCUGUUUAACAUUUCUGUGACAGUUUCUUAUGACUAGCACUAUGGAUCAUAUAUACCCACUGACCAAUUUUCAUUAAAUUUUUGUCUUAUAAACGUU